GUCGGUUACGAUCCAUCAGGAGGCAUUCCAGUCGAUCCAUCUUCCGCUGGUGGUAUCUCGAGGCCACCAAUGAUGAGAGGCGGUAUGCGUGGACGAGGUCGUGGAGGUCAGGGAAGAGGUGCAUUCCCACAAGUGUCAAGUAAUCGCGGUGAUGGAAAAACUUUGCAGGUAAAGAAAAUCCCACCCGAAUUGAACAACAUUGCAAAACUAAAUGAGCACUUUGCUACGUUUGGAAGUAUUGUGCGAUUUAAUGGCGAAGCGGAUGCCGCCCUCAUUACCUAUGCAUCUCGUGGCGAAGCCAUGGCUGCAUACAAGUCUCCUCAGCCUGUUUUGAAUAAUCGUUUCAUCAAAGUGUUCUUCUACAACCCUGAUAUUGUUGCUGGUGCAACCCCAGGGCAGGAUGGAAUUCAGAGGUCAGUGCUCAAUUCUGGUGUGAACGUCGAUAAGCCUGCAUCAGAGAAUGCUCCUCCACCAGCUCAGCCUCCUAAGGUCGCAACAAUCGAAAUGUCAAAGUUUGUCAACCAAGAGCUGAAGGAAAGUCGUGAAAAGAUUAUUGACGCACGUCGUAAGCUGAAAGUCGAAAAGGCAAAUCAAGUUUCCAUCUUCAAUGUUCACAAACGACAGACGGAUCUGCUGCAAAAGUUGAUGGAUCGCCAGAAAAUAGUUGUGAAGAAGGUAGACGAACUUAGUUCAAUUCAUUUAGUAAUGGUCAGAAAUCAUUAA